AACUCAUUCACAAAAAUGACAUCUUGGUUGUAUGAAUGUCUUUGUGAAGCUGAACUUGCACGGUAUUAUCCUCAUUUUACUGCCCUUGGCCUUCAGAAAAUAGAUGAGUUGGCCAAGGUUACAAUGAAGGACUAUUCCAAAUUGGGAGUCCAUGACAUGAACGACCGCAAACGUCUCUUCCAACUUAUCAAAAUCAUUAAGAUUAUGCAGGAAGAAGAUAAAGCAGUCAGUAGCCCAGAGCAUCCUCUUGAGACAAACAGCCUGUACAUUAAGCCUCAGGAAUCCAGAUCUGGCCCUCGCAGGCAACUGCAUUUUGAUUCUCCUGCUGACAACAAAGGCAGAAGUACCAGCAACAAUGGGUUUGAAAUGUGCAGUUUAUCAGAUUCUUCUACAAACAAACAGAAGUCUAGUUACCUAAAAGUGCUGGACCACAUGCUGCCGGAUGAUUCCCAGCACCACACAAAAACGAGAAUUCAGAACGCCACAGCUGCUGGUUCCUAUGUGCAAACAGAAACUAACACUUCACUCUUUUCAUCAAAUCACUUUUCUCCAAUACUGGGGAAUUAUGAUAUUCCCAUUACUCAAAGAGUCUCUCAUGUUUCAGGGUAUAACUAUGGAAUCCCUCAGUCCUGUAUCAGACAGAACACCUCAGAGAAAGAGAAUCCUUGGACUGAGAUGGAGAAAAUCAGAGUUUGUGUUCGAAAACGCCCUCUGGGCAUGAGGGAGGUACGUCGUGGAGAAAUUAAUAUUAUUACUGUAGAAGACAAAGAAACUCUACUUGUUCAUGAGAAGAAAGAAGCAGUUGACCUCACACAAUAUAUUCUGCAGCAUGUUUUUUAUUUUGAUGAAGUCUUUGGUGAAGCAUGCACCAAUCGGGAUGUAUACAUGAAGACUACUCACCCACUCAUUCAGCAUAUUUUCAAUGGAGGGAAUGCCACUUGCUUCGCAUAUGGACAGACAGGUGCUGGGAAGACCUACACCAUGAUAGGAACUCAUCAGAACCCAGGACUCUAUGCUCUGGCUGCCAAAGAUAUCUUCAGGCAACUAGAAGUGUCCCAGCCAAGAAGGCACCUCUUUGUGUGGAUCAGCUUCUAUGAAAUCUACUGUGGACAGCUUUAUGACCUCUUAAAUAGAAGAAAAAGGCUCUUUGCAAGAGAAGAUAGCAAGCAUGUGGUACAGAUAGUGGGACUGCAAGAGCUUCAGGUGGACAGUGUGGAGCUCCUCUUGGAGGUGAUUUUGAAAGGCAGCAAGGAGCGCAGCACCGGGGCCACUGGAGUUAAUGCAGACUCCUCCCGCUCCCAUGCUAUCAUCCAAAUUCAGAUCAAAGAUUCAGCCAAGAGGACAUUUGGCAGGAUCUCUUUUAUUGACUUGGCUGGCAGUGAAAGAGCAGCAGAUGCCCGAGACUCAGAUAGACAGACAAAGAUGGAAGGCGCAGAAAUAAACCAGAGUCUUCUGGCUCUGAAGGAAUGUAUCCGAGCUCUGGAUCAGGACCACAGCCACACUCCCUUCAGGCAAAGCAAAUUAACUCAGGUCCUGAAAGAUUCUUUCAUUGGUGAUGCCAAAACCUGCAUGAUUGCCAACAUCUCACCAAGCCACAUGGCCACCGAACACACUCUGAAUACCUUGCGUUACGCUGACCGGGUCAAAGAACUAAAGAAAGGCAUUAAAUGUUGUGCUUCAGCUACCAGUCAAAAUCGGACCUCUGGAAACUCUUCUCCAAAACGAAUCCAGAGCUCCCCUGUGGCCCUGCCAGGGGACAAAUGUUCUCCUAAAAAAGUCAAGCUGGGACUUCAGUCAUUCACAGCAGCUCCUGGCUCCGUGAGAGGGAAGGCCCAUCCUCUCGCCAACCACCCACCCAAUAUCCCUUUUGCUCCUGUACCUAAAGUUCCCAGUAAAAGGGGUGGAUCCAGAGGGAAUCUUCCCCAAGAGUGGGUUAUUCAGACUGGCCCUGUGAAGGCAGUCACACGGUCUGGACAUUCAGCCAAAAAAAGAGCGGAAGAGUCUGCCUCACUGUGCUCUGAGAAAAACCAAACCACCAACAAAGCUGCCCACAGGGGGGGAAGCAGGACCCCUGGCCCAGAAGACCCCGUGCAUGGCAAACUGCCCUCCAAGUGCAAGAAAGUGCAGACUGUGCAGCCGGUGCAGAAGCAGCUUGUGUCACGAGUUGAGCUCUCUGCCGGCAACCUCCACCACUUAGCAGAAUUCAGUCAGGGCAGUAAGGGGAGCACACCUGCCAGGUCUGCCUCUGGAGCUUGGACAGACAUCCCUCCACAUCAGAAGGAGAGGGAGGAACAUUUGCGCUUUUAUCACCAGCAGUUCCAGCAGCCGCCUCUCCUCCAGCAGAAGUUAAAGUACCAACCACUGGAAAGGUUUUUAUGCCAGCACAGGCCCCUAGAGGGGCAGCUCCAGAAGGAGACCCCUCCUCCCUUCUGCUCUUAUUCUGAGAACCAGGAUGCAGCCCAAGCUGAGGACCUUGAUGACAGUGAUUUCAGUGAAGAUUCUUUUUCACAUGUUUCCAGUCAGAGGACCACAAAGCAGAGAAACACCCUAGAGAAUAGUGAGGGUUCAUUCUUCCUUCAUCAGAGGGAGCAAGGACCUGAGGAGCAGGUAGCUGAAAGGCAGCGAAGUCUGCUUUUUAACUCCAGGACAGAUGGCGACGAGAAAAGUCUAACUGGGAGCUGGAUGUACUCCAGGGACCCCACAAGCCACAGAAAAGCAGCAGUUAAUCAUAGUCACAGCCCAAGUAAGGUGCCUUUGGACUGGAGCAGAGAGGACUCUACCUCCUCAGCGCCUUCUCCCAGAGACAACUUGGCAGAGAAGCCUUACUGCUCACAGGUAGACUUUGUGUAUGGCCAGAGAAGAGGUGGCAGCCCAGCCUUUGAUCUCAGACAGAAUGCCUUCAAAAGUGAGGUUCCUGGACAGGCCGAGGGUACUUCACCAUCCCUGGAGGAAGAUGGUUUCAUUUUCUCACUAUCCCACACUGCAGUUCCAGGAUCUCCAGACCAAAGAGACAUAGUCAGCGCACCUCUGAGAGAAGUCAGCCAAGUCAGCCCAACAGUGAAAAACAGUUAUGCUUACCAAGAAGAAGACUCUAGAGGGGAAUCAGGCCCAUGCUCUGAAUAUGCUUCUGGAGUGAUGGCUCCCCUCACUGUGUCCCUCCUGGAGAACACAGACAAUGAGGGCUCUCUUUCCUUGGAGCAGCUGGCCCAGGAUGGGCCUGUGCACAGUCUAGUGGCAGCAGACACAGGGGGCCCAGCUGUCGACCACACAAAGUCAUCUGAUGAUCAAAAGGAACUCCUGCCGAUCUCUUCAGCAACUGGGCACCUGUGGCUCUCGUCAUCUCCCCCUGACAAUAAGCCUGGUGGUGAUCUUCCACCUCUGUCCCCAUCACCCAUCCGUCAGCACCCACCUGACAAGCUGCCCACAAGUGAGGCUGACCUAGGAGGGGUCUGCGAGAGCCGAGAGACUGCACUUUUCUCCCAGGAACAUGUGGGUAGCCAGCAGUAUGAUGCUGAUGCUGAGGAGACAGAGCUGAACAGCUCCCAAGGUUUCCCAGUAAAGCCCUUCCCCACCAUUCAUACUGGAGGAACCCACCCUGGGCCUAUAUUCACCUCACAAACAGAAAGCAGUGAUAUGGCUGACCAAACCUGGACCCAGGAAAGAAAACAUCCAACGGGGCUUGGUUGGCAGAAGCGGAGUUUGUCCACAGACCCCAUCAAGUUGCCCUGCUCCAAUAGAGACGUCGUAUGGCUCAAAUACAGGCUGAUCCCAAGGUGCUUAGCAAGGCCAGGCUCUCCCUUGAUCCUCAGCUGCUCUCCAGAGAUGGCAGGAACAGUCCAUCAGCUCACUCUGGGGCAUGCACAACAGGUGGUCAUCCGAGCACACCAGGAACAGCUGGAUGAGAUGGCAGAACUGGGCUUCAAGGAGGAGACCCUAAUGAGCCAGUUGACUCUUAAUGAUUUUGAAGAUUUUGUGACCCAGCUGGAUGAAAUCAUGGCUCUGAAAUCCAAGUGCAUCCAGAGUCUGAGGAGCCAGCUUCAGCUCUAUCUGGCCUACCACAGGCCACCCACAGCCCCUGAGAGGACAAUGGUGUCUUAGAACAAGACCCAGUAUAAGGUGAUGGGGGCAGCUCAGGAGCCUGUACUGAAGGGGCCUUUGCCAGGUCCUACCUGCAAAUACCAGACCCACUCCCUGGUCUCAGGCUACCCUUUCCCCAGCCACACAUGGCCUUGACUGAGCCCCAGCUCCUCUCUCAGGGCCAAGACUGUUCCUCAGUUCCCAGCACAAGGCCAUCUGUAAGGAAGGACAGAACAGCCUAAAAAACACUUAAUAUGCCCCUCCCUUUUCUAUGGGGCUAGAAGAGAAUUUGUCUUACUGACCUCUUGUCUGUGGAAACACUUGGGUCUAAUAACCUUGUAAAUGUUUCUGAAUUUGAGGCUCAGAGGAUGGGGUCAGUGGGAAUGUAGAGGUCAAAGGUCACAAGCUGGGGAAGAAAACAUGCUGAAUUCAGGGACUUUGUUACCUAAAUUGUGUUCUUCAAGACUUAGCCAAAACCUAAAACACUUGCGGCUUCUGGGCUGGAUGAGCUCUGCCCCAUCAGCCCUUGGAGACUGGUUUGGGGCUUUAGGUUGGGUAUAUGGGACAGGCGUUAUAGCCCCAGUUCCCCUCCCUUCCUGCAAUUCAGACAUAGAAGAGAGUGCUCACAUCACUGCAUUAUUCUUUUCCCAUCUCUGCCUUAUGCUGGGAUGACUGGCCUAUUAUAAGCCCUAACAGCACCCUUGCUUCUGAGACUCCUCACCUGGCAAAGCUGAAUAAGGGGAGGAUCUCAGGCAAGUCCAUCUCCUAGUGUUAACUUUAUCUGACAUCACCCUGGCUGUCCACUACCUCUCAAGGGCCUGUGUUCAGCAGUAUCUUGGCACUGAGUGCUCCAGUCAGUAAUCUGAGACUCUGAAGCAGAAUUUUUACACAUCCCUUCAUGUGAGUUCUGCUUGCUGAAGCUCAAGACAAACACAAAUACUAAGUGGUCCGUCACUUACUAGGGCCAUCUGGGUCUGAGAUUCAUGUCACAGCCUUGGCCCUGACACUAAUAUAAUGUGUGAAUCUUGAGUUUCUUAGACGGAAAGGAUACCUUUUUAUCAUUUUAAAAGGAGAGCUAAAUUAAGAGGGUAGAAGCACUAACUGGCUUUCAACAAGUCUGCAGCCCUGCCACCCUUUGCCUGAUCUGAGCACUAGAGGGCAGCCUCUUGCCAGCUUCCUAGCCAAAAGGCUCUGCAGUCUCUCCUCACAUGAUCACUAAGAAAAUUACAUUCCCAACCAAGAGCAUAAGGUAGGGACUGUAGGAUGGCACGAAGUAUAAACACAGGAAAUUUGAGGAAGAGAUCUAGUUCUCUCUCAGCUACAAUGGCACCACUGAGAACAGGUCAAACAGCCCGAAUCCAGUCCUGCCUGUGGUGCACAGCACAUAAAUACCUGAUGCUUCUCAAAGGAAAAGGUACUUCCUCACUUCUGAGUGACUACCCCACAAGGUCAGCCUGUCUCACCUUGUCCUGCAGGAAGAAAUGUCCUUGUUCCAGAGACUGAGCUAUAUCAGGUUUGUAAUAGAUCCUCAUCUGGGCCUGCCUCUGCAAACCAAAACCCAGGGCAGACUGCAGGGCCAGCUUCUGGGUCCCAAAGGCCUCGAGUGGGAAGAAAGUACUAAAAAGACAGAAAACGGUUAGCUCCUGUUACAUGCCCAGCAAAUCUAAGCAGGAAUCCCUUCAUCACCAACACCCCAACCCCUAAGUAAAAUAGCACUUGGCAAUAAAUUAUCACAGCAGGA